AUGACGGGCGUAGCAGAGUCAACAAUAUAUAGGUUCCUAUCAGAAAGAAAAAAACAAGUUAAAGACGAUCCUGAUUUGCCUAAUAUCGGAAGAACCAAAUUGUGGGAAGUUUUAAAGGAAUUAAAUUUCCGGUGGGAGAAAUCAGACCGAAAAUCAGUUUUGAUUGACCGCGAAGAGAUAAUAUGUUGGAGAAGACAUUAUCUAAGAUCCAUACGAAAAUUCCGGGCUGAAGGAAGGCCAAUCUACUAUCAGGACGAAACUUGGGUAAAUGCAGGUCAUACUCUAACAAAAAUUUGGUCAGAUAAAAAUAUAUUAAGCUCCAGGCAAGCGUUUCUAGAAGGUUGGUCUACUGGUAUUUCCCCACCGUCUGGUAAAGGUAGUAGAUUAAUAAUUUCUCACAUUGGCAGUGAAAAAGGAUUUCUUAUGGAUGGUUUGCUGAAAUUUCAAUCCAAAAGCACAAAAGACUAUCACGAGGAGAUGACAGCUGAUGUUUUCGAAGAGUAUUUUGAGCAGAUGAUUGAACAUAUACCACCAAAUUCAAUUAUAGUAUUAGACAAUGCACCUUAUCAUUCCAGACUAGUAGAAAGACUUCCAACGACUGCGUGGAAGAAACAAGAUGUCCUUGACUGGCUGCGGAAUAAGUCUCUGCCCUACGAAGUAGGAAUGGUUAAAGCAGAACUUUUAAAAAUUGCCCGGCAACACAAAUCUAAGUACAAGAAAUAUGUAGUUGACAAAAUGGCGGAAAGGCGAAACAUCACAGUCCUUAGACUUCCACCCUACCACUGUGAGUUAAAUCCAAUUGAACUCAUUUGGGCCCAAAUGAAAGGUUAUGUGGCUAGAAAAAAUACAUCAUAUAAAAUACAAGCUGUGCGUGAAUUGUUAUAUGAGUCUUUAGAACAUAUUACAGAACAAAACUGGCGAGAUGCAGUAAGGCAUGUAAUGGAAGAAGAACAAAAAAUGUGGGAUCUUGACAACAUAAUUGAUGCGACUGUAGAGAUACAACCGAUAAUUAUUAACCUGCAAGACGACUCGGAUUCCGAAGAUGAUCCUGUUUAUUUUGAAUUUGAAUAG